CUCAAUACGAAAAAUACCAAGUCGAAGAACAUCAAACUACAAUAAAGCUGUUUCCAACAUGAUGGAUGAUAAAGUCGCGAAUGGACUCGGGAACGGAAAUACCAUGCCCUCAAACAAGGACUCUGACCGCUGGGAAACAGAUGACCGUCGAAGAGAUGAUGACUACCACCGAUCAUCUACCAGUCGACGUUCUCGACGCUCUCGCUCUCGGUCCCGAUCACCCAGACGUUCGCGUCGGUCCAAGUCGAGAUCUCGUUCCCCUCGCCACGACCGACGUUCUUCUCGAUCGCCAAUCCGUAGGUCUGGGGAUCGCGGAGAUCGUGGAGGCUACAGUGGGCGUGGUCGCGGUCCACCUGAUGACCCGGCUCGACGUGCAAUGAAUCGAGAUUUGGUAGCGGCGGAGGCAAGUAAACGGAGUGUGAAGGAGAAUCGUGUCUAUGUCGGCAACUUGGCUUUUUCAGUCAAGUGGAGCGACCUUAAGGGCUGCGGUGUAGUCGAAUUCAGCACGCGUGAAGAGGCCGAAAAAGCAGUGAAGACAUUAAAUGAUACACCACUCUUUGGGCGACAGGUGUUUGUACGAGAGGACAGAGAGGAGGAAGCAAGAUAUGGUGCAUUGGCUGUCUCUGGUUUCGGUGCCCGUGGUGGAAUGGGUGGAAGGGGUGGUUAUGGCUAUGGUGGCGGCGGUGGUGGCUUUGGGGGAGGUGGUGCGCCCCCACCACACGCUUGUAAACAACUCGCUAUCUCCGGCCUGCCAUUCAAUGUGGGCUGGCAAGAUCUGAAAGACAUGUUCCGUUCUGCGGGUGCAAUCAUCCGAGCUGAUGUCUAUUUUGGCCCUGAUGGAUCUCCUACUGGAAAUGGAAUGGUGGUCUUUGAGACUGCGCGUGAUGCUCAAAACGCAAUAGCGAUGUUCAAUGGUUUUGAAUACGAAGGGCGUACAAUGGAGGUGCGCGAAGAUCGCUCGGCUGGGGGCGGGCCGGGUAGUUUCCGGGGAGGUUUCAGAGGUGGGUUCAGAGGUGGAAUGGGUGGGGGGCGCGGUGGAUUCCGCGGUGGCUUUGGUGGGGGUAGCGGUCGCGAUACGACCAAUCUAUACGGAGAUUACUCUGGUCAGGAUGGCUCCGCUCACGGAGGAAGUUUUGGUGGGCCAACUGGUCCUCGAGGCGGUUUUAAUGGAGGACAUGGCGGCCGAGGUGGUUUCGGCGGAGGGGCUCCAUUCGGGGGACCGUCGCUGAACAUCCAACCCAACCAACAAAUCUUUGUGAAAAAUCUGCCAUGGUCGACUUCAAAUGAGGACUUGGUGGAGCUAUUCCAGACCACGGGCAAAGUCCAGAAUGCAGAAGUUAUAUUUGAAGGUGGAAGAUCCAAAGGUGUGGGGGUGAUUGAAUUCGAAACCGUCGAGGAAGCUGAAACAGCAAUUGCCAAAUUCCAAAGCUACUCGUAUGGUGGUAGACCGUUGUCACUAGAGUUCAAUGGCCGAUGGAGGGAUUUCUCAAUCAAUGCCCCAAACAAUGCCAGUUCAGGAUACGGGGUGGGAUCAUAAGAAUUGAUUGUUUUCUGUACAUAUGUGGUUGAACGUCUGGGGUCUUGAACACCCAUAAACGGUAAUCCUCUUUGCUUUAGAACCUUUCACUCUACAAACGUCGUGCGUUUGUAUCAAGAGCUCAAAAAUACGAAAGAUUUAGAUAUCCUACAGGCCGUGCAAAGAACAUAUUGUUAACUUGU